AUUUGAUCAAAUCCUUCAAGUUGGGGCGCUUCGCCGAAUCGCACUUUUCCACAACGUCUCAGCUGUGGCUGCAUCACCGCGCUGCAACUUGCAUGAGGACUUCUUUCCAUCAAUAACUGACGCUAAAUAGAGGAAAAGGACACUGUAUCGUGUUGUUAUCCGCGAUGGAGAGAGGAAUCGGAUUUUGCCGGGUUAAUGUUUUCAGCACCCUGAUUUUGCUAUUGUUCGCUUGGGUUCCGGUGACCAAAACAGUGAUAACUUGCAGGUCAUGUCACCUGCUGGAUAAGUGGAGCGGUCGGGAAUUACUGGUGAGGAUGGACAGUGGUGUCGAUUUUGGUAAAGUUAGUGACAAAAAUGGAGACGGGUCAUUGGCGCUGUUCAAUCCGGCUGGUGCUGAAACUGGUCAAGCCGACUGCAGCGCAACUGACAACUGCGUACACGCUCACUCUCUGCGUAAAAGGAAUACAGACAGGCUCCCCUCGGAGAAAAAGCUACGCAAUGAUAAAUGGAAGUCGAUGCGCAGUACUGGCAAAGUUUAUAACCUCAAACGUUCAGGUUCAAAAGGUUCAGCCCCUGGAGAUCCCCAUCACCGAGUGCGUAGAAGCACCCAGGGACUCCACUCGCCCCCAGGUGCGCGCUCGCCGUCGUCUUUGGGCAACAGCACCGCGCGGGAUGCGCGGAGAGUCCCCCGCUCUGAGCUGAGAUGGAACAGGGAAGAGCGGAGAUCGGCCACAUCGCGACAGGAGGAGCUGAAACUUACCAGCUCUACCUUCGCGCUCACUGGGGAUUCCGCUCACAACCAAGCCAUGGUGCACUGGUCCGGCCAAAACAGCAGCGUGAUUCUCAUGCUGACCAAGCUGUAUGACUUCAAUCUGGGCAGCGUCACAGAGAGCUCCUUAUGGAGGUCAACAGAUUACGGAACCACUUACGAGAAACUCAAUGAAAAAGUGGGCGUAAAGACCAUUCUCAGCUAUCUAUAUGUCAGCCCCAACAACAAGCGCAAGAUCAUGUUGCUGACAGAUCCAGAGGUGGAGAGCAGUUUGCUCAUCAGCUCAGAUGAAGGUGCAACUUAUCAAAAAUAUCGCCUCAACUUCUACAUCCUCAGCCUGUUGUUUCACCCUGAGCAAGAGGACUGGAUCCUUGCCUAUGGCCAUGACCAAAAGCUCUACAGCUCUGUUGAGUUUGGCCGUCGAUGGCAGCUCGUUCAUGAGCGGGUAGCACCCAAUCGAUUCUACUGGUCUAAACUGGGCCUUGAUAAAGAGCCGGGCCUGAUUCACCUUGAGACCAGCAUCUCAGAGACCCAGGCUCUUUAUGUCACAUGCAAGCUUCAGAACUGCACAGAUGCCAACAAGGGCAAACCUUUUCCUGGAUACAUCGACCCCAACUCCCUGGUGGUCCAAGAUGAGUAUGUGUUUGUCCAGGUGUCAACUGGUGGCCGGCCAAUCUACUACGUGUCAUCCAGGCGAGAUGUGUUUACACCCAUGAAGCUUCCCAAAUACACCCUUCCAAAGGAUCUGCAUGUGAUCAGUACAGAUGAGAACCGGGUCGUGGCAGCAGUUCAAGAGUGGAACCAGAAUGACACUUACAACCUGUAUGUGUCAGAGGCCGGAGGCAUUUACUACACGCUGGCACUGGAGAACGUCAUGAGCAGUAUGGGACCAGAGGGAAAUGUCAUGAUAGAUCUGUAUGAGGUGGCAGGAAUAAAAGGCAUGUUCUUGGCCAAUAAGAAGCUAAAUAAUGAGGUGAAGACACACAUAACCUAUAACAAAGGCCGCGACUGGAGGCUCCUGCAGGCUCCCUCGGCAGAUCUCAGAGGAAACAGAAUCCAUUGCAUGCUGCCAUACUGCUCUCUGCAUCUUCACCUGCACGUAUCUGCAAACCCAUACACAUCUGGAAAUAUAGACAGCAGAGAGACAUCCCCUGGAAUCAUAGUGGCAUCAGGUUCAGUUGGCGCAGAGUUAACGAGCAGCAAUGUUAGCAUGUUCAUCACAUCCGACGCUGGAAACACGUGGCGGCAGAUAUUUGACGAAGAGUACAGUGUGCUGUAUCUGGAUCAAGGCGGAGCUUUAGUGGCAAUUAGACACACCCCUCUUCCCAUCAGGCACCUCUGGCUGAGCUUCGAUGAGGGGAGGGUGUGGAACAAAUACAGUUUCACUUCAUCGCCUCUGUUCGUGGACGGCGUCUUGGGCGAACCAGGCGAGGAAACACUUAUAAUGACGAUCUUCGGUCACGUCAGUCACCGCUCAGAAUGGCAGCUGGUAAAGAUAGACUUCAGGUCUAUCUUUAACAGAAGAUGCAUCGAGUCUGACUAUGUGGCGUGGGAUUUACAUGACCAGGGUGAACGCUGCCUCAUGGGAGUCAAAAGAGUCUACCGAAAGCUGAAGCCCAUAGCAAGGUGUGUUAUGGGUAAAACCUACUCAGUCACAACGAUUUCCGAGCCAUGUGACUGCACUGAGUCGGACUUUGAGUGUGAUUAUGGCUUCGAGAGAAGGGCUGAUGGGAAAUGUACCCCGGCAUUCUGGUUCCUCCCCUCCUCCAUGUCUCGGACCUGUAUUACAGAACACACGUUCCUCAACAGCACCGGGUACAGAAAGGUGGUGUCUAAUAACUGCACCGGUGGGGUGAUGGAGCAGUACACGGCUCGUAGGCAGCUAUGCUCCAGCCAGGCCCCUCGCGGCCUCCACUUAGUGACCAGCGAAGGGAAGCUAACGGCGACUCUGGCCAGCAACGUCACCUUCCUCGUCUUCCUGGAGGAGGGGGAUGGAUCGAAAACCAGCAUAACUGUGGAUUUCGGCGAUGGAAACGCUUUCACCUACUCCAACGUGAGCUCUAUCGAGGACGGCAUUAAACACAUCUACAAGAACGUGGGAAUCUACCGAGUGUCAGCCACGGCGGAGAACAGUCUGGGCUCGGAAGCUGUGCUUCUAUUCCUACACAUUACAUGUCAACUGGAGUCUAUUCAUCUCUCUGCUCCUUUUGUUGCUGUGAAAAAUAAAGAAGUCAAUCUGACGGUGGUUCUCUCGCCAAGCCAAGUGGGAACCGUCACCUAUAUCUGGUGGUUUGGGAACAAUUCGGAGCCCGUGAUCACGCUGGAGGGGAGUGUGGCGUUCACGUUCUCUCGAGAGGGAAUCAGUGUUGUCACUGUGCAGGUGUCCGCUGGGAAUACCAUCCUGCAAGACAGGAAAACCAUCUCUGUCCAUGAAUACUUCAGAUCUCAACUUCUUGCCUUUUCAUCUAAUCUGGAUGAUCACAACCCUGAUGUGGCUGAAUGGAGGCUUGAUGUGAGUCGAGUCAUUAAAACCUCUAUGGUGCAGGCGACAGGAGUGAAUUCAGACCAGCUGUUGGUCACUGUGUUGCCUGGACUGCCAACAGCGGCCGAGUUCUUUUUGUUACCAGACAAACAGCUAACAGAAGGGAAACCAGACAAAACCGCUACCCAUUUAGACCAGCUCUCAGAACUGGUUCUCAGUGCUCUGAAUCAGAAUCUGGUUCAGUUCACACUCAGACCAGGAGUCCAGAUCACAGUAUACGCUGCCCAUUUAUCAGCAGCGCCUCUAGUGGACACAAGCGAGAAUCACAGUGGCUCAGCUAUGCUCAUGCUCCUGUCUGUGGUGGUGGUGGGUUUAGCUGUGUUCCUCAUCUAUAAAUUCAAAAGGAAGAUCCCAGGCCUCCACAUCUAUGCAGCGAUGCAGGACGAAAAAGAGCAAGAAAUGAUCCAGAGUCCAGUUUCACCCACUGACAGCACACCCAGCUUCAGCUCUCAGAGAGAGCUGCUCACAUCACUGGAACCUCUGGACACAGAGCCCAACACCCAGACCAUCGAAUGCAUCAGUCCUCAUCCACGUGUCAAAUUCUCAUCAGAUCUUCCUACAUACAUCGACGUUUGAACUCUAGCCUCCGCCAUGUCAAGGACUUUGGUCAUGCGGACACAAAGGUUUCAAGCUUUAUUCAGUACUCGUGCAUGUUGGACAUUAACUUUACUGUGCUCUGUAAAUACUAGAACAAACUUUGUACAGCUUUUUUAUACAUCUGUGCAUUCAAAAAAAAAAAAAAAAAAAAAAAAAAAAAACAUUUUUGAUGCUGUUCGUUUAUAAAGAUGCCAGUGUGUACAAACUCUGAGCGAAAAUCCAGCAUGAAGGUUAGAAAAAAAAAGACAAUUAUACUUGGUUACCUGUCUGUUUAUUUUUCUUGCAAACAGUGGCAGUACAGUAUUCAUGAGCGUAAAACAUGGAUAUGUGACAUUUUUUAAGUGUUUUAAUAAUAAAAUGUAAAAUAUUUAAUGAAUAUUGUAAAAUGAAACAUUUCUUGGGUUUAUCUAUAUCUAGCACAUCUGUACUUUAACACAGAAAUGUAGAUUUUACCACUAAUUUUAUGAGUUUCAUGCCUUUACAGGGUUAAUGUUGAAGCUUGUUUAUCUUAUUUUACUUCUCUGCAAUAGCAAAUUAUUUUUUCUUAGUAAAAUAAAAUCUUUGUGUAUCUAUGUAGAAAUAACUGACUGUUGGUUUACAGAUACAUAGUGUCAAGUUAUGCUGCGUAAACUGAUUUGAGACAUUAUGGCCAAGCAUAAGAUGAUUAUCCUGUACUGUGUCUGGUGUUUCAGAAUUAUUUUUUGUUUUGUUUUGUAUGGAAUAAUUUAUGUGCAUUCACAGAGAGUUACAUGAUUUAUGCUUUCCUUUUGCUUGUUUAUUUGUUCUUUUUUGUGCAUUUAAAUUCAGUCAUGACGUACCAAAAGUUAACUGUACAUGGUGACGGAAAUGAAUGUAUGAAUAUGUAAGUACAUAUUUAAAUAUAUAAGACUUGUUUUUUUUUUUUUUUUUUUUUUUUUUUUACGUACGAUCAGUGUAAAAUCACAGGGAAGCUAUGAUAAGUUGAUGAAUUGACGAAUACUAACGAAUCAUGUGUCACGUAUGGAAGGCAGUAUACAUACCUUCAUCCACUAGAACAGAGCUACUAUUCAAUAACUAAUUGUAUGUAUACAACUGGUUUCAGCCACUCCAAAAUUGGCUACAAUUUACAGCACAAAACACAUUGUUGGCACAAGCCAUGUUUGAAAUAGACUAACUGGUUUAAAAUUAACUAAUUGGACACCAUUAUAUUGUAGUACAAUAACAAUACAAUAGUACAAUAGGGACCCUUUUUUGCAUGUCCUCCUGUUUAUUACAAUGGUGCUGUUACACUCAUGGAUGAGAUCCUGCUCCUCGUUCACCUUUAUGUCACACUCAAUAUUGAUAUUCUUUUUUAUAUAGUUCUAUCUAUGAACUAUUUGCUUCUCAAUUUUGCUCUUCUUUCAAUAUGUUCUCAUUUGAAUAUCAAGGUUCUAUUAUAGCUAUUGUUAGUCUUUCUAUUCUCAUGCACCAAUGAAUGUAACUGGAGAUCAUUUUUACUACAGAAUUGUCAGGAUAUUGAAAACAGCAUGUCUAAAAGGAAAAUUUUAAUGGCUAAUUCUGUUUAAAUUGUCAUUGUACCUUACCUUUUGUACACUGUGUAUAAAUAUCAUGUCACUGCAGUAGAGGAUGUUCAUACUGAGACAUUUCACUAUGGACUUGACACAAUCACAGUACAGAUUAUAUUUUCAUAAUAUCACACGCUGAGGUUUGAUACUGUCUAUAGAAUAUGAGAGGAUGGAUUACAGGUUGGAAGAAGGGGCUAUAAAAGGAACAAUGGCAAUAUCAUUAAAUUGUUUCUACAGAAAUCAAUGUCUGAACAUUCAGACCUGAAAUGACAUUACUUCAAACCAGGCGGCUGGAGAGAAAUACAUUUGAAUUAUUAAGUUGAGUUGUAUGUUUAGACUGAAGACAGAGCUUUUGUUAAACCACUGGCUACAAAACAAGACACUUUAUGAGCUUUGAACGGACAAACUGUGGCAGCCAGGAAAUCGAAGUCCAGCGCUGCCACUUCUCUCUUAAAAGUAAGGAAGAUUAUUUUUGUAGAAGACAAGUUUUAUUACUGUAAAGAUUUUAUAAAUAUAUAAAUAUAUAUAUAUAUAAAUACAUAAAAACUUGUAGGUGUGUAAUGUUUUGUUUCUUUAUUUUUUAUCUUUCUUUGACCUCAACUCUGUGCUUAUGUGGAAUUGUUUCUGUUUGGUGCGAUCGUAUUUAUUAAAUGAAACCAGUCCCUGUUAUUGUGUUUUGAUUUUCUUACAGUAUUUGUAAAAACAUUAUGUAAUUUGCUGAAGUAACCUUUCAAUCAUAGAUAAAAAAAUAAAAUAAAGUAUUGAUCAAAA